AUGUCUUCUUCUUCAUGUGCAAUCUUCUUCUUCUUUGCUUCCACAUUCCUCUACACUUCAUCGUACUCAUUCAACAUCACAGAAAUCUUAGACCAAUACGAUGAUUUCUCCACCUUCAACGCCCUCCUCUCCCAAACCAAACUCGCUUCUACCAUCAACCACCGUAAAACCAUAACCGUCCUCGCUUUCUCCAACGAGGCAAUCUCAACCUUCUCCGGCCAAUCAAACACCGUGAUCAAGGAUAUCCUCAGCCUCCACAUCAUUUUAGAUUACUACGACAUCGAGAAACUCGAGAACAUGAACAAGAUGUCACUCAUCCUCCCCACGCUCUUCGAAUCAAGCGGUGACGCUAAAGGCAAACAAGGGUUCUUGAACGCAACCCUUACGAGAAACGGAGACAUUGUGUUUGGAUCUGCGGUUCCUGGCUCUAUCCUUAACUCUAAGGUUGAAGAGUCUGUGGCGUCACAGCCGUUUAACGUCUCGGUGCUUCAUAUCAGCAAUGCUAUAAUGAUUGACGUUGGAGCUCACGCACCUACUGGUUCUUCUUCACCGGUUUCAUCUCCACCAAGACCACGCCCUGCACAAUCUCCUCAUGAUAGUGGUGAUCAUGAAAAUGCUGACUCAGCCAAUGGAGUUUCAAAACUCAAUUCUCGGUUUGACUUGGCGUUUGCGCUGGUCAUGUCAUCGUUUUUGUGGUUCAUGACGGUUUUGUGA